AGUGUCGAGAAGUAAUGUUAGAUGGGAAACGGCGCAGUUCGCCCAUCGCCGCCAGUUCAGUUCAGUGCUGAUGGUGCUCCAAAGUGGAACCGUGGCGCGGCGAGAGAGCUUUGACCUCUAUAUAAUAUAAAAGUUGAAUUUGGUGACGUAACGUGUUUCUGGCUACUCUCCGCGAGUCCGUCCAUCCGUCAGGCCAUCAACGAGGGGAGGGGGAGUUCGUGGCCAUUCUCUCUGCACUCAACUCAACUAGCGGUCGUCAGUGGCACAGAGUCAAGUGCACCAGAGCAGACGCAAGUGUUGUUGACUUCGAAGAAACAGGAAAUCGCCGCGAUUUGUCCCCAAGCGUAUGCUUUAUAACUUGUGCUCUCUAAGAAGAAGUUUAUAACCACAGAACGGGGAGAGACAACUCUCUUAGUUCGAAACGCCCUACCAACAUAAUCAAAAGUGUACCGUUUUUCUAAUGGAGCCACAUAAUUUCGAUAUCAAGCCAAAUCUACAACAGAUGAAACUGGAACCCGGAACGCAACAGUUUGGCAGUAGCAGUUUGGAUGACAAAGGUCCGAGUCUACAGCACCUGUCCUCGCUGAACAGCAUGAGUAUCGAGUUGUGCCUGGUUUGUGGCGAUCGCGCCUCAGGUCGACACUAUGGCGCCAUCAGCUGCGAAGGCUGCAAGGGAUUUUUCAAACGGUCCAUCCGCAAACAGCUCGGCUACCAGUGCCGGGGGUCGAUGAACUGCGAAGUGACGAAACACCAUCGCAACAGGUGUCAAUACUGCCGACUGCAAAAGUGCUUGGCUUGCGGAAUGCGAAGUGAUUCCGUUCAACACGAGCGCAAGCCAAUCAUCGACAAAAAGGAUGGCUCAGGAGGUCCCAAUCCCAACAGCAAAUACAAUCCACAUCGAAACAAGGAAUACCACAAUGAACAGAAAUCAAACACAACCGUUACGCCUUCCUACCUGAACCUUUUCCAAGGCUUCAACUUGGCCGAAUUGGCGGUCGCAAAUCUCAGCAAACGAGCCAGUAAAUCACCACCCGCUCCGUCCCACCUGACCUCAACCAGCACAACCACCUCUUCCAACCCAUUCAGUUCGCUACAUUCCUUCAAAUCUCAGGAUGACCGUCAACCGACUCCAGCAGACUCAAUCGCUGCCCUUAUGCAGUUAGGACCAACAGCCGCUGCAGCCGUGGCCAUGUCCGGUUUGGGUCCACCUCCUCAACAACCACCUCCAUCCCUUGAACCCCCGGAACUUCCCACCAAACCAACUCCUCCAUCCUCCCACUCACUUCCGAUGGAAACCACCGAUAGCAACUCGAUGGAGAAGAACCUCAUCUGCAACUCGCUGGAGUUCAUACAGAACCUGGAGCAUGAGCUGAACAACAGUGUCAACAACAACUACGGCAUCAAGUCCGAGCUGAACAAUGGCCGCGACGAUGACCGGGACGACGACUGCCUGAACUACGACUACGGUAGUCUGGAGCUGUCCGAUAAUUGCAUCAGCUUCGACAUCCAGGUGCCGAACGUGCUUCCCAACUACCUGAGUGCGCACUACGUGUGUGAAACGGGAUCGCGACUGCUGUUCGCCACGGUACACUGGAUGAAGAAGAACCACCUGUUCUCGAUGUUGAGUGAUUCCUUCCAAUCGGAGUUGAUGCGACAGACCUGGCCCGAGCUGUUCAUGAUCGGUCUGGCCCAGAGUAGCGGCCAGCUGGCCUUCAACACAGUGAUGCUGGCCCUGAUUCAGUACAUGAAGAACCUGAUUCUGAACAAAAAGUAUGGCAGCGACGUCAUCAACUACCUGACCAAGUACAUCCUGCUAAUACAGGAGUUCGUUUCCGACGUCCAGAAGCUGAACCUCACCGAUCAGGAGUUUGCCUACAUGCGGUUGCUGUGCAUUUUUAAUCCAGACAACAUCCUGCAAGACAACGUCAAGAAUCAACAUCUGGCCAAAAUUCAAGACAUGGUACUCAGUAGCUUCCGGGACUACUACAAACAGAAGCACAGCCGACUGAUGGCGAGUCGAAGCGAGGAGAACAUCCGCGGUGGCCAAGAUGACGAUGACGAUUACUACGAAUCCAGUCACCAUCAGCAGCAGCGACAGCAGCGGCAUAAUCUGGAACAGCGGCUGGUGACGAUCCUGAUGAAGUUGCCAACACUGCGUGCCUUGAAUUCGAAAAAGGACCUCGAGGAUCUCUUCUUCAGCACCCUGAUCGGGCAGGUACAGAUCGAAAGCGUGCUGAUGUACAUCUUGCAAACCAAUGACGGAGCGACCUCGUUCUCCAAUCUGGUUCGGAAUUAUGCGACCAGUGCAAUUCCGGUCGGUUCCGGUGGGUCCCACAUGGACAGUGACGACUGAGGGUAAUGAUUUCAACACAAUUUGGCAUUAGUAGUUAGGAACCACCGACGGGCACGGAGGAAGGACAGUGUGGCCUAGCACGAGAAUUACGAUGCAGAGCAUCCAUUGUCGUCACAGAUCUUAUUGACCUCUUGACUGAUUACGAAAACAAAGAAUAUGGCUUGUAUUUUGCUACCAGAAAAUAUAUACAUUGCGCGUGGCUCUCCGGGAAGCCAAACAGUUAAUCGAAAGUCUCUUCCAAAGUCUGCAUAUUGAAAGUUUUAAUGCACUUACAUAUUGGCAUGAAGAAAUCGGUAUAUAUUGAUUUUGUAGAAACUAGUUUUGUAGUAAUAGUUUCGAGUAAACAGCAUUCAUAUGAAAUAUGCAAGUUAUGCAAGUAUUAGUAGAAAUUCACACGAUCAAACAAAUUAGCACCUAAGUAUAAGUCAAGUUGUUUACUUAAAUAGUGAAUAAGACAAAUUCAAUAAUGUGUAAUACUUUCGUAUGCUUAACUCAUGCAUUGGCGGAAGGCAAGCUAGUAAAACUAAAUACAGAAUCAGUGAAAGUGUACCUGUGCAAGGUAGAAGCGUCAUUUCUUUGAGGAAUGCUUCAAAUCGAGUGAAAGAGAAAUCAAAAUUUUAUUCUGGAUAACGUCGAAGAAACUGUUAGGAACUGAUAGCGUAGUAAGUACGUAGUUUAUAUAUUGAAAGAAAACAGAUUUGCGUAUAUUUUGUCAAAAUAAUUCAAACAUGGAUAAUUAUGUUAUGUAAGCAAAGCAAAUAUAGAGAUAUUUAUAAACAUA